AUGAACAGAGUUAACCAAUACAAGUGGGUUCUGUUGGGUGCUGCCAGCAUUGGUUUCUUUAUAGUUACACCAGCAUGCAAGCCAGUGUUUGGUACAGUGUUCGGUGGUAACCAAGCAAAGGAGGAGCGUCUUAAGCAACUGUUGUCAGAGAUCAAGGGUCAGGAUGGAAGUGAAGAGCAUCAUGAAUCAGGUCACUCUUCAUUGACAUCAAACCAUCAUUAA